AUGUUUGUAGAAGAUAAGAAGAACUUGCAAAAGAAGAAGUCGAAGCAAGAUUUUCGACAGAUUUACUUCUACGAAUUUUCUCUCGGCACUAACGCAGCCAAAACGGCUAGGAAGAUCAACUUAGUAUGGGGAGAAAGUGUCAACGAAUCCACCGUGCGUCGUUGGUUCCAAAAGUUUAGAAGUGGCGAUACACAUCUCGAAGAUAAGGAAGGGCGCGGACGUCCCACUCACUUUGACGAGGAUCGUUUGAAAGCUAUAGUAGAGAAUGAUCCCCACCUAUCAACGAGGGAGAUAGCAGAGGACCUUGGUGUUGGCCACGCUACAGUUGGAUCGAAUUGA